AUGGGUCUGCGAGCCUGUCAAGUCGAAGAAACUGGGAAGAGAUAUUAUUGGUUCUGGACUGUCAAGUCGCCCCCACUCGAUAUCAAUGGUUCCACUCGGCCUACUGUUGUAUACAACGUCGUGUCCAUCUAA